GUGUCAGUCUUGCUCGAGCGGCUGUGGAGGGAGGGUGUGCUAGAGUCCCUCUCGUGGUGGCGGUCGUCCUUGGCAUUGCCCAGGCGUGCGUGUGUCUGUGUGCACCUGUAUAGCGCCUCAUCAUCUCACCUGGAAUACCAGUGAUGCGGCGUAGCGGUGUCAGUGAAAGGUGACCAGGAAGGCGUGUGCAGAAGUGUCCCUGCGGUGCAUUGUGGGUGAGUCACUGUGUUGUGUUGUGUCGCCUUAACGUGAUCGCAAACCCUCGAGGUCAAGGCACUUACCUCUAUGCGACCCUCGGCGACGCCCUCCCGGUGUAGCGGCCCCGCGACGCCCCGCCCUGUGAGGACUGUCGGGGGCCGACCAUGACGCCUCGGGCCCUGGCCUGUGGCGGCCCUACUGCCACCUGCACACCCUGCACGCCGCGCCGCCCCCGAGCCUCCGUCCCUCUAGCGGCCCUCACUCGCCUCGUCCAGUACCCAGCACGCUCCACACACGCCCCGGUGCCCCCAAGCCUGGCCCCAGUGACCCACAGUACCGGGGGGGCAGCCAAGGACUCUGCCAGGAGGACAUUCGCUGGGGAUCAUUCCUCACUCGCUCUGACGGACACCACAGCCCUCACCACAGCCCUCACCACCACUGCCACAACCGCCACCCUCGCCGCCGCCACCGCCGCCGCCAUGCUCUGCUACGCGCUGCUUCAGGCACACGAUGUGGUGGCGCACGAGGUGUACGGAGACGAGGCCAUCCGUGUGACGCCGCCGCCCCUCUUGCCCUACCUCAACGGCGGGGACGAGGUGGACCCGGCCAACGGGGACGUGGACAUGGAGAACAUCACGAGGGUCAGGCUGGUCCAGUUCCAGAAGAACUCGGACGAACCGAUGGGUAUCACGCUCAAGAUGAACGAGGAGGGGCGGUGCAUCGUGGCUCGCAUCAUGCACGGCGGGAUGAUCCACCGGCAGGCGACGCUCCACGUGGGCGACGAGAUUCGGGAGAUCAACGGUGUGCCUGUGGCCAACCAAAGCGUGGAUAUCCUGCAGAAGAUGUUGCAGAGGGAGGCCCGUGGGUCCGUCACCUUCAAGAUUGUCCCGUCGUACCGCAGCGCACCGCCGCCCUGUGAGUUUUACAGGACGAAGAAGCAACAAGUUCUCGACUGGUCUCUACGCAGUGGAGUUGUUAAAAAGCAGAUAUAUGUUCGGGCACAAUUUGACUACGAUCCUCUGGAGGAUGACCUCAUCCCGUGUGCACAAGCAGGAAUUUCUUUCAAAAUGGGAGACAUCUUGCAGAUCAUAUCAAAGGAUGACCACAAUUGGUGGCAGGCGAAAAAGGAUCCUAAUGGCACAGCUGGCUUGAUCCCCUCACCAGAGCUGCAGGAAUGGCGCACUGCCUACCUGGCCAUGGAGAAGAGCAAACGAGACCAAGUUAACUGUUCAUUCUUUGGUCGGAAGAAGAAGCAGCACAAAGACAAAUACCUUGCCAAACACAAUGCAGUGUUUGACCAGCUUGACCUUGUCACAUAUGAGGAGGUCAUAAAGCUGCCAACUUUUCGCCGCAAGACACUGGUGCUGUUAGGUGCCCAUGGGGUUGGAAGGCGACACAUCAAAAACACAUUAAUAGCCUCACACCCAGAUAAAUAUGCCUACCCUAUACCACACACUACUCGAAGUCCACGAAAAGAUGAAGAAAAUGGGAAGAACUAUUAUUUUGUUUCCCAUGACGAGAUGAUGGCAGACAUUGCUGCUAAUGAGUAUUUAGAGUACGGUACCCACGAGGAUGCAAUGUAUGGAACAAAAUUAGAAACCAUUCGCAAGAUUCACAAUGAGGGUCGCAUGGCAAUACUUGAUGUUGAGCCACAAGCACUCAAGAUCCUGCGCACUGCUGAGUUUGCUCCGUAUGUUGUGUUCAUUGCUGCUCCUUCCCUACAGAACAUGACGGAUUACGAUGGAAGUUUAGAACGGCUGGCAAAGGAGUCAGACAUGCUCAAGCAACUGUAUGGCCAUUUCUUUGAUUUGACCAUAAUUAACAAUGACAUCGAAGAAACCAUCCGGCAGUUGGAAAAGUCAAUUGAGACAAUGAAUAUGACACCGCAGUGGGUGCCUGUGUCAUGGGUUUACUGACAGCCCGCCCCUCCCCGAGACAGUCCCUCUGACUGCUAUUGCUGUGGAACAUCCCGGAGCAAGGAGGCUAACAGACGAGCCCACCAUCAUCAUAGAAGGUGAUCUAGUGGAGCAUAGAACCACACAACCAUGACCAGAGUGCCACAAUCAAAGUAUGAAACAUAUGACUCAGUUGAUUUUUAAAAUGAAACAUAAUAUUCACAAAAUAAGUGAAUCCUUUGUUGCAGUCAAAUGCAGACCAUCCUUGAAAAGUCACAUUAUGUAUGAGUGAUGGUGAAAAAGCAAAUAAUUAAAAGGACAGGUCGUGUGGUGGAUUAAGUUGUUUACAUUGUGGCAAAUAUGCUCAAAUAAUGAAAUUUUCAGGUGUAUACAUACAUUUGGCCUAAAUGCCAACUGUGAAUUUAUUAGGUAAAGUAUCAACAUUAUUUCUACCCAUGAUAUAGUGUUUUCCCUUAGAUGUACAAUAAAUUUGUUUUGAAAUGGUUGCUGAUGCCUUCCAAAUUCUGGACUACUAUUCUAAAAGGUCACAUAAGAAAACACACUGCCAGUUUUAAUAAUUACUACUAAAUGUUGGACUAUGAUCAUAGUUGAAAAUGUUUUACUUUUAUAAAAAGAAAAAGGUUCAUGGGAUAAAUGCAUGAUAUCUGAAAAUAAAUAAGUUUAGUUAUAUUCAAAAUUUCCUAAUUUACAAUUACCCAUGCAAAUAAGAUUAUGCCUGUUGAACAUAAGGCAGUUUAUGGUGAAAAUAAUAUUUAACUUGAUUUUACAAUAAAUUUUAAGAAAUAAUCUUAACAUGAAAGCAACAAAAAGGGACAGAAUACUUAAGUGCUUAAAAAAUAUGAAGUUGUAUUUGAUUUCCUUGUGGUUGUAUUCUUUUAGAACUGUUUUCAUCCAUUUCUUUUCUGUAAGUCUGAGUAAGAAGCAAGGCCAGAGAAUGUCAACUAGAAGUGACUGUCACCUGAGAGGAGAGCCUGUGUGGGUCCAUGACGUACAAUGGUUGUGUGCGACUCUUGUCAGUGUGGCGGCAAGAAUUAAGACAUUUGAAGGUCAAGCAGAGUGAGUCAGGGACACUGGAAAGUCUCUGGGGAGAUGAAUGAUCACAUUAAUACCAGUGAAACUAACUUGGCUGGAAAUGUGGUGGAAUCAUAGACCUCUGCAGUGGAAGAGGAGCUUAUCUGAAGUUGAAUAUUUUACAACAUUCAAUGAACAGUAUGAGGGUGGUACCAAGGUAAAAUAGCCAGACACUGUACGUUAAAAUUAUGGUAAAUGCUAAACUGCCCCUUUACUGUUUAGUAGGGUGGGUGGAUUAAUCUGUGUACACUUAUAAAUAUUGUUUUUAUAAGCAAAUAAAGGUUGAACCAGUUGUUCCUUGUACAUGGAAUUUAAUUAAUUGUUAUAUAGUUGCAGUGCAGAUAGUAAGCCAAUUUAUGCUAAUGUGAAGCUGAUGACACUAUAGAUACUAUAUGUAUAUUUCAGUCACUUGCUAUUUCUUUUAUACAGUUCUAGAUUUGUAAUGAGUUUGAGCUGUGACAGUGACAGAGGGCCUCACUUUUGGCUUUGGUUUUGACAGGAUUAGGUAUGAGUACAUGAAUUGUCUUGUCAUUCCCAGUAAUGCUGGAAACACUUUUGUCAAGCAAGUUCAUAUUUAUGCUGGAACUAAAAAUGUAACAAAAUGUGUAACUAUUGAAGUCAAAUUUAUAUAAAAUUAUUCAAAAAAUUGUCUCUAAUAUUAACAUAUACUACAUCAACUAAGAAUCUAGAUUUGGUCCUUUUAAGUUAUCAGUGAAUUUCAUACAUUCACACAAUACUUCACAUAAUAUCUUGGACCUUAUUUCCUGACCCUGCUUCACCAGUUCUGGGGUUUGUUGGAUGAAUUACUACUGUUAAUAAGAAGCAACUGAGUAGUUAUAGAGCAUUUUUCUUGUUACAUUUGAAUACUGUAUAGGAGACAAAUCCAGUGUGAUGAUGAAGUUCUACAUUUUGAUCCUGUCUCAGUGUGGCCUCCACUUGUGUUCUGAAAGGAUGCUUGGCAGUAAAGUUGUCUACAUCCCCCCAUCCCUUGGCAGGGGGAGUCCUUCAACUGGCUCCCAUAAAACGUGCUUUAUUGCUCUGGAUCUUCCUCUGUGUGCAAUAGAUCUUCAGUUCAUGCCUCAUCAUCUUUAGCCUGCUUUAGUCAGUUCUUAAAAGUGCAGAAUGCCAUACGGGUACAAAGGGAAACUAGGUUACACUGUCUUCACAUGGGGCAUUCGAGAGGAACAACUUCCUACCUUGUAUGAUGGGAUGUUUCAAAAUAAUGCUCAGUGAACUGUAAGCAUUAUUCUCUACAUUUAUUUGAUACUUACAAAAUUCUCUUACACUUAACUUCAAAGUGUACUUCAUAACUUUCAGCAGUAUAACUUCAAUAACUAGUGAACAAGUUAUAUUCACACUAAUGUUGUUACAUGGUCAGUAGCACCUAUUGAACUUCCUGAACUUAUUUUGAAAUAUUUGCCCAUUCCCUGCUACUUCAGUAACUUAGAUUAGAAUUCUAAGACUGCACCUAAGAUACAGAUUUUAUACAGCUACAUAUAAUCCAAAAUUUUAUAUCAACAAUUAUAUUUUAAAACUUUGUAUCCAUGUUUACAUAUCUUGAAUCCCUAAAAAAAAAUAUAUACUAACUUCUUGGUGAACUCUAAUUUCAUAAAACAUAUAUCUAUCAAUGGAAAUUUGUGAAUCAUUAGGUAAUGUAUAAGAAUUCAAUCUAAGCAAUGCAGGUAAACCCUUGAAGAAAGUCACGACAACAUAUUUGGUAACUUUCUUAGGACUGUAGAUAUUAUUGCAGGACAAUAUUCAAAGAACUAUAUUGUGAUACACCUAGGAUCCAAAAGAACAGCUACUAGAAUGGAUUUUGUAAUCAAGUAAUUGCUGGGCAAUCUGGGUAUGAUUAGGAAGCGAAUUCUUCAGCAUUGUUUGGUGACUGGGAACAGACCUGUACUUUUGCAACUGACCAAUAAUGUAGAUGACCCAAUAACUUUGAAAGGAGUGUGAAUGAAUCCUCCAGGUCUGGUUUUAAGUCAUCAUUCUAUGAGGGAGAAUUCCUUUCAAUCACACUCUACCUACACCUGUCUUUCAAGAAUUGUAAGCACAAAAAUUUCAAUUCAUUCUAAUGCAUUGUGCCAAAAAAAAUUAAAACAAAUAAGGCUCAAAACAAUAGCACAGUGAAGAUAUGUAUGUUCUUACAUGAAUGCAUAUUUAUUCCAAGCUACAGUUGUAACUUUUAAGAUAUUUUGAGUUAUGUUUCACAAUGUCGCCUUGUUUAUUUUCAAUGCAUAUAAAAUAAGUUUGUCAAAUGAAAAAUUUAGAAAUUUAUUGCUUCUUUUAUGGCUUUGUAAGCAAACAGAUGAUACUGGGCUUAUAAAAUUAACAACAUUUGUCUCUGAAUAAAGCACAACACAACUACUCCAAGGAUAGGGAGGUUAUCUAGCUUCAGUUUGGGACCACAUGCCCAAGACUCAUUGGUCUGUGGUGUCCCCUUUGAUGAUUUGACUUACUGUUGGAUUUGUUUUGAAAUUUGUUUGUGAUGUUUGCUUUAUGCUGGGGACAAGAGUAAUAAUGAUACUCUCCCAUGUAUUAUACACAGCUUUUACUUUCAUGAGAACACCUUUAAUGGUGUAGAUAUAAAACUUUUCCCAUGCAGGUGAAUAAAAAAAAUUAUUGUAUGCAUAUAAAAUGUAAACUCAGUCCUCUAUGCUGUUACAAAAUUUCAAAAUUAUCAAAACUGGGCAAGCAGCAUAUAUAUAUAUAUAUAUAUAUAUAUAUAUAUAUAUAUAUAUAUAUAUAUAUAUAUAUAUAUAUAUAUAUAUAUAUAUAUAUAUAUAUAUAUAUAUAUAUAUUAUACAGUAUAUUAUAUAUAUCAGACAUGUUCAUAAUUACUUAGUGGCUUAAUGUUGUCAUUAUUCUUGAUUUUCCUAGUAUUUCUUGACUAUUACAUGUAAAGUAUACACAGUUUUUUUCAGAUCAUACAACAGGGCAAAGUUGAACUCAAAUGAAAAAAAAAAAAAAAAAAAAAAAUUGUGUAUAUUAUCAAAAAGCACGAUAAUUUGUUAUGUGAGAAGGGUAAUGGCAUAGUGGAUGACUGAAUGGUAAAGAGAGCUUUAUAAAACCCAUAUGGCAGCUUCUGGUACUGCACAUAUCAGAUUAAAAUAGAAAGUCUGGCAGUCUUAGAAAAAUACAAAAACAAAAAAAAAAAAAAAAAAAACAUGAAAGUGAAGUUUGAAGGAAGUCAGGUUUGGUAUUCUUUUCCUUCUUUACCCCAGAUUUUAAUAACUAGUAUUGAUUGCCUUCAUUGCUAAAGGCUAAACUUUUGUUUAUUCCAUUUAUUUUCAACACUUAAAUUUAAAGCUGACUCAGAAUUUUUUAAUAAAGUUUAGCUGACUUGCACAAGUUUUUUUUUUUUUUUUUUAUUUAUUUACUUGAUAUAGUUGAGCUGUGCUGAAUGAAGAAAGGUUGAAAUAACUGAACCUAAAAUCUUUUUAAAACUUUUAACUAUCAAAGUUUUAGACUAAGCUUUACUUCCACUCACAGCCCCACUAGAGCUGCCCUCUGACCUGACCUGACUUAACCUGACCCUCCCCAUCCCUCCUAACAUGAAUCUGGCUACUACCUCCCUGAGUGCUCGUGGUCACUCCUUGUCUCCGGCAUGCUAGGCUUGCUAUUCUCCUAAGUCUCCCAGUCACUCUACUUUGUGUUACUAAGGUCCUGAAUUGCAGUUGGAAAUGCUGCUAUGUUGAAAAUUCAGUAAUAAAGAUUUGACCUUA